AUGGCUGGAAGUAGCAGCCAAGAUGGCGGUGCCGGCAGUUCCCGUAGCAACGUUCCCCAAUAUGAGGAGGAAACGUUGGAGAAGCACACUCAGGUGUUCCACGUGGGCUCCUUUGGGGCUCUUUGGAGGGAGAUGUUGCGGCCGCAAGACCUGAGUCUGCAGCAGGCGGCGUCUGAAGAGGACGGCGACGACGCGGUGGCCGAGGAGUUUAGUUGUCCGCCGGACAUUGUGUCGGAGCUGAGGGAUGUGUGCAGUAUUGGUGCAUUAAAGAGCCGGAGUAAAGAAGAUACAGAAGAAAUACCUGAAGGCACCAAUUUGGUAACUCUCACAAUUAGAAAGAAGGCCCUGGAAAGACGAGAAGAAACACACGUUAUAGAUCGUGCAUGUAGACAAGAAACGUUUGUUUAUGAGAUGGAAUCUCAUGCAGUUGGAAAGAGACCCAAGGAUCCCAUUAACUUAGUAAAGGAGGGAGAGCUUCUUUUAACCCUCAAUAUUUUCUAUCCGGUUAUAUUUCAGAAGCAUAAGAUCUGCAAGCCCUAUCAAACGAUGCUGGUUCUAGGCAGCCAAAAUCUGACUGAAGUCAGAGAUUCGAUCUCCUGUGUCAGUGACCUUCAGAUUGGUGGGGAGUUCAGCAGUCAUCCCGACCAAGCGCCAGAACAUAUCAGUAAGGAUCUUUACAAGUCUGCCUUCUUUUAUUUUGAGGGGAUUUUUUACAAUGACGUGAGGUACCAAGAGUGCAGAGACUUAAGCAGGACAAUUAUUGAGUGGGCAGAAUCUCGAGAUAGAGGCUACGCUAAUCUUCAGGCUGCUAAAAUGGAAGACUACACAUUUAAUAAUUUGAACAUCAAAGUUGGCUUCCCGUACCUUUACUGCCACCAGGGAGACUGUGAGCACAUAGUUAUUAUCACAGAUAUCCGGCUAAUUCAUCGGGAUGAUUGUCUAGAUAGGAGCCUUUAUCCCUUGUUAACCAAGAAACAUUGGAUAUGGACCAAGAAAUGCUUUGUUUGCAAAAUGUACACAGCCAGAUGGGUGACCAAUGACGACAGCCUUGCUCCUCAAGAUCCUUCUUUCUUCUGCGAUGUUUGUUUCCAAAUGCUCCACUAUGAUGCAGACGGCAACAAAUUAGGGGAAUUUCUUGCAUACCCGUAUGUCGAUCCUGGAAUUUUCAACUGAGACUGUCAAAGAGCAAGACAACAAAAUUGUUCUAUUAAUCUUCUUCAGUGACUGCUGGAAUGUGCAACAUCAGAGUACAAUUAAGCAGCGCCCUUAUGGUCUUUAUCAAAACAUUGUUUCUUCCAUGCAUAUGAUGUUUUAAAUUUUGCAAGCCGUUCAGAUGAUGAGGGCCCUCAAACUCCAGACCCUGUUAAUUACAAGAAGUUCAUAUCAUAUGCUGAUGAAUAUUCUUUAUUAGUGUGAUCUUGACCAAACUCUGUGUGUAUUCAGUUGAGACUUACAAGAAAAAUUAGAUUUAAAUGAGAGCUUCUUUGCUUUGGUGCAUAGUAAAUGUGACAGUGGGUCCAUAUGUUCACUCAUUUACGUGUAAAGCAUGCGCGUACUUAAACAAAAUAAUAGGCAAAGGCAAAACGUUUGAGGGGAGUUAAAUCCAUUGCCCUACCUUGUUGUGUUGUUACUUAAAGGAUUUUUUCUUCAAGCUCAGCUUGGUCACUGGAAGUCACUUAAGCCCACAGCAAGGUAAGGAGCAGCAGGAUCUAGCUCCCUUUGCCCACACUCUCAGGUUUUUUUAGUCAGUCUCCUUCACCCUUGCUGUAGAUAUAAGCAGCUGACAUAUAUCAGUAUCAUAUAUGAUACUGACCAGCUCUGGUACUGAGUCAUAAAUACUUGCUGAGCCCUGCCUCCACCAUAUCUAGUUUGGUCCUUGCAUGGUGGCCUAGAUGAGUGGAUGUCAGUAUUAGUAUUAGCACCUCUCACUGUAUGAUUUACACAAGACCUUCAGGAACUUGAGACAGUUCCUUUUUUUUUUUUGCUGAGUGGUAAGUGCAGGGUUCUUUUCUAGCUCUUCAGGAAUCACAAGGAGAAAGGAGAAAGAGUAGUAGGAAGUCCCGUUCUGGACUGACAAGAUAAUCUUCUCUCUCCUCCUCUUUCACACACCAGGCAUUGAGUGUCAGUGCACUGCUAGAUGCCUUCCCCUAAUAGAAGAGAACUAAGGGCAGCAUCCACUUAAUGUUGGGAAUUCUUACAUUUUUCAGCAUGUGUCUAUGUCCUUUUUAAGUGAAUUAAUAACAUAUUAUGGGUUAAGCAUUUCAGUGUUAUUUGCUUUUAUUGUACUGAUGUUUUUUGGUUUAUUUAAAUAUAAAUUGUACCAUUCUGUAUGUAAUAUGUUAAUAAUAACAUGGAAUAUGUUAAUGACA